AUGCCUUCUAAUGAUGGUGUGCGGGCCGUCGCUCGAUCCUUCCGGGUCCUGAUCAUCGGUGGCUCUUAUGGUGGACUCGCUGCCGCUUUGAAUUUGAGUGACCGGGCGCGGGGUCGUGUAUGUCGCUUCAACUCUAACCCUGAUGCGAAACCGCCCUCGUACAAAAUUCCUCUCCAGAUCACCGUUGUGGAUGAGCGAGAUGGCUACUUCCAUUUAAUUGGAUCUCCCAAGUCGCUGGCAUGUGAGAAAUUUGCCGCAGAGUCGUGGACGCGCUUUAAAGAUAUUCCUGCACUCAGGUCGCCAGAUUUCAGCUUCAUUCAAGGGACAGUCAGCAGAAUAGAUAGCGCAUCGAAGAUUGCUCAUAUUCUUGACUCUGAAACGCAACAAAAUCGGACGGAAAAGUAUGAUUAUAUGAUCGCGGCAUCGGGUUUACGGAGAAUCUUCCCUGUCGCGCCGCAGUCUGUACGACGGGAGGACUUCCUCGAAGAGGCGAAGAAGCACGUGGAUAAUGUGCGCAAUGCCAGUCAAGGAAUUGUGGUCGUUGGUGGAGGCGCGGUCGGAAUUGAAAUGGCAGCCGAGCUAAAGAUCCUCUACCCGGAGCAGAAGAUCACCCUUAUUCAUUCUCGAAGCCGAUUGCUAUCAUCUGAGGAGCUGCCCGAUGACUUUGCCGAGCGCGCGCUCGCGAUCCUUCGCGAGGAGAAUGUGGAGGUGAUCUUAGGAAAGCGUGUCGUCGAUACAACCGCCGUCGACUCAGGCAAGGAGCGCGUGUGGCGCUUGACGUUGGCUGACGGCCAGCAGCUCACGACUGGACUUGUGCUGAGUGCCAUCUCACAACCAGUCCCUACAUCGACAUAUUUGGAGCCAGAGGCACUGAAUGAAGAAGGGUUGAUCAAGAUCCAUCCGUCCCUUCAAUUCUCCGGUAACAUCCCCAAUGCAGAGCAUCAUUUCGCGGUUGGCGAUCUUGCAGCAUGGUCAGGUAUCAAGCGCUGUGGUGGCGCAAUGCACAUGGGUCAGUAUGCAGCCAACAACGUUCACCAACACAUGCUGGCCGAAUGCACAGGCGAGAAACCUACUUACAUGAACUUGACCCCCUUCCCGAACGUGAUCGGGCUGGCUCUUGGCAAGAAGUGCGCGACUUAUAACGCAGCUGAAGGCACCAAGGAUGGAGAGGACCUGAUGGAUGUCAUGUUCGGCAAAGACAUGGCCAACAGCAUCUGUUGGAACUAUAUGCGCCUUAGCGACCCGCCUCAAGCUUGA